GCUAACUUCUUGGUCCUACACUCAUGCAUAUGCUUAACGCGCUUGCUUGCGGCUCACAUCGCGAUGAAGGCGGAUCUGGCGACUGCAAAGGGCAGCUCGCCAGCCUUUUCCGCCCCUCGCACAUACCGUGCACGUCUACUGAGUCGAUGCCUCAACAAAUGCUUCAAUACCGUUCUUGUCAGCGGUGGGGCAGCUGAAUCGCGUUUCCGAGGGGGUGCGACCGUGGGGAAGGCAGGCGCUCACGAUGCUCGCGGCGUCGGCGACCUGGUGGACUUCCUGCAGCAGGAGGCAACGCCGUAUGAGGUCAAUGUGCCGCCUUACUUAAUCCUGCCACCGCUGAAGAGCAACGAAGCAACAACACACCGGCGGGCAGGUGACAGCGGCGGGCAGGGGCCCGCUGCCGCCGGCGGGAGAGGGCAGGCACGCCAUGGCCGCCGCCAGGCCGCCGCCAGUGCUGCUACCACCGUGUCGGCUGCACCUCAGACAGGUGCUACCAAACCCGCGGCAACAGCAAAGACAACACCGCAGAGGCCGCGCGGUUCGGAUGCGGAUGCAGGCAGCCGGGCCCAGUCUCAGUACGGCUUCGGGGACCCGCCCGGUGGCGGCGCCCUCAAGGGCGCCGUGGACGCUGCCUCCGAUGCGGCACCAGAUGUGGCAGCUGCGAGCCCUGCACCAGCCGGCAUAUCAGACCAGUUGUCUACACCGGCUUGCCCUCCAGAGCGAGAGCCGCAGGCAGGGAAGCCGAGAGCCAGUGGAAGGGCACCAGCAGCGCCGGGCGUGGGGCCGCAGGACGUGGGAGGCGGCUCAGGCGCAUGCGCCCCAGCGCCGGAUGAGUCACACAUGGGUUUGACCCAUCGUGACCAGGGUCAUGACGAGCGCAUAAGUCAGACUGCUGGAGAGGCAUGGAAGGCGGGCGCGGUGGCCGCACCUCCGGCGGCGCCGACACCGUCACCGCCGGGCCUGGCUGCUGCGCCCACGCGGCUGGCCAGCAGUGCACUUGGCACACACAGCAGCGACGGCGACAUGCGCCGCGCCGUGCCUGGGCGUGAUACGCCUUCCCUGUCGGCAGUAGCGGGCCCCGUAACCUUAUCCGGCUCUAGCAGCAGCAGUAGCGGCCGCAAUAGCAGUAGCAAUAGCAACACCAGCACCAGCAGCACGAGCAAUGGGGUCACCAUCACCAGUAAUGUCGGUGUCAACGGCGCCAGUCCGCAGGAGCGGCUGAUGGCCGCCCGCCGCGCGGUAGUGACGAUGCAGUGGAACACGCACCUGGGCCGCCGCGGGCGCAGCUUCGCACCUCUGCCGACUGGCGGCAUGAGCAUCGCUACAAGCGCCGCCAGUAGUAGCACCAGCAGUGCAAGCAGUAGCAGUAGCAUGAAUGAUGGGAGCAACGCCAAGAAGACAAGUGAUGCAGCCGUAUCGCUUCCGGUAGGUCAGCAGCCUGCAGCAGAGCAGCCACAUGUGCCAACCGCGCCUGGCGGCCCCUCACAGACCGGGGCCUCGGCAGUUGCUGCUCAAGCACCGAGCAGUGCCAUGCCCACUGCCGCCAUGGCUGCAACUAUGGGCAGUGCUACAAUUGGUUCUGCAGCUACCCUGCCGACUGCGGCAGUGGUCUCAAGCGCAGCGGCGGAAGGCACGCAGCCUAGUGGCCUGCUGCUGGCGGGCGGCCGGCCGGCGCUGCUGGGUCGUACCAUUCAGGGCCGCAUCGCUCGACUGCAGGCAGCGCGGGAGGCGCUGCGCGCCGCACGACACGCCCGAGUGGGGGCAGCGAUGCAGCCACCGCCAGUGCAGGCGCGGCCAGUACAGGGACAGUCAGGGCAGGUGCCGCAGGUGGGGCAAGGACCGGUGCAGUCGCAACCGGGGCGCCGGCAAGAGCCAGCAGCCUCUGCAACUAAGCUGCAUGUCGCAGACGGGCUGCCGGCAAGGCCAGUGCAGCCAGCCGUAUCCGCAACGGACCUGCAGACGGACACCGCCACGGCCGCAUCUGCUCCCUUCCCAGUGUCAGACGCAUCGCUUGGCUCCACUGAGCCCCUGGCGGCGUCUGCACCGACCACAUCACUGGCCAGCGCAUCGGGACCAGCGAUUGGUACCUCUUCAUCCAAUGCACACUCGUCAGCAGCAGCCAGCGAGGCAGCUGCGGGCACUGUCAGAGCGCCCACUGACACGGCGGCGCCAGCCGCGUCCCCAGCUGCCACCGCCCCGGCCCUGGCCUCGACCCCGUUUGCGACCCCAGCCGCAGCGCCGCUUCCUGAGCCGCCCGAGGUGGUGGCUGCCCGCGACCUGCUGGGCCGCCUGUCCCGCUACCAGCCCGCCGGCCGCGAUGACGGCCCCGCAGUGCUGGCGCCGCACGCCCGCUACUCGCCCGCCGCAUACCAGGCAGCUGCGGCGGCAGCCGCCGCGCAGCCGCAGCUGCUGCUGGCGCCGCUGUCCUUGCCGCAGCUGGCAGCAGUGGUGGCUGGCUACGCCGCUGCGGGCCACCGCCACGAGCCGCUGCUGGAGGCACUCGCGGGCGUGGCGCUGGCUAAGGCGGGAGGGGCAGGCGGAAUCGGCGGCGGUGCUGCGGGAGCAGUGCCGCGGGGUCAAGCCGCCUCGGAGUUAAAGCGGUCGCGGCUGACCUUUCGUGCCGCGUGCGUGUUCCUGACCGCACUGGCGAGGCUGGGCUACCGCGGUGGCGCCGUCACGCGGCUGGCAGCGGCACUGGCCGUGUGGCUGGCGCGGCAGCUCAAUACGGGUGCCGUGACGCCACGUGCCAAGUGGAAGGGCACGUGGCUGGCCGCGGCGCUGUGGGCGUACGCAACGCUGGAGCAGCUGCCCGCGGCCGCACCUACACCACCACCACCACCAGCUUCCGCGGCUGCCGCCUCCACGGCACCCCGCGCGGCCGAAUCAAGGCCGGCAGCGGCGCCGGCGCCUGCUGAAGCCACUGCGACCCGUACACCAUUGCUAACCGCGCCGCAGCUGGCGCCGCAGCGGGCGUCCGCCAGCCCCGACCUGGAGCUGGCUCGUGGCGGUGUGCUGCUGUUUACUGAGGCGGCGGAGGCGGUGCGGGUGGCGCCGGGGUGGCUGCACCUGAUGGACGGGCGGGAGGCACUGUGGAGCCUGUGGGCGUUCCGCAAGGCCGCGGCCGCCUACGGCCGCGGUGAGGGAACCGCCUCAGGCGCCGUGUAUGUGGCGGCGGCGGGCGGAUACGCCAUGCUGCAGUCUGGAGGUGCCGGCGGCGGCGGCAUGGGGCAAGCAGGCGGUGCCGGGCGGGGCGGUGCCGGCGCAGGGGCUGCCGCGUUGCCGUUGGUGGUGGCCGCGCCGCGCUACGAAGCGAACCCGCUUGUAGAGCUGAAGUUGGCAGAUCGGGCCACGUCACUGUUUCCGCAGCUGGAUCCGGGCCAGCUGGCGGAGGCGCACGUGCUGCUGCUGGAGUGCGGCCUGGCCGAGGACGAGCUGCCACAGGCGCUGACCGCGCUGCGGCGUUGUGUCAUCGCGCGGGCGGACUCCAUCCGGCCCCAGCCCCUGGCGGUCAUGGUUGCGACCCUUGCGGUGAUGCAGGUCCGGGACGUGGUGUGGCUGUCGGCCCUGGCGAUGGCGUGCCGCAACAAGAUGAUCAACAUGUCGCCCGACCAGAUCGUGGCGGUGCUGCACGCCUUCGGCUCCGUGUUGCGCUUCCACCACCUGCUGCUCUUCCACGCGGCGGCGGUGGUGUGCAGCUGUCCGGGCAUGUGGCGCCUGGGCGGCAUGGGCGCGGGCGAGGUGCUGCGGCUGGUGGGCGCGUUCGCCGCCACUCGGCACUACGAGGGGCGCCUGCUGCGGGCCGCGGCGGAGCGCAUGCUGCAGCUUGGCUCCACCGGUUCCACUGCCGGGCAACGAGCGGGCCUGCUGCAGUCGCUGUGCAGCCUGCACUACCGCCACAACGGCCUGCUUCGCAUCGUGGUUGCGGACACGUUCGGCCUGGCAGACCUCAGCCCGGGCUCAGCAGGGCAGCCCAGGAACAUGGGCAGCAGUGCCAAACUAGCAGGCGCUGGUACGGCGGCAGCGGCAGGAGCCGCCGCACCAGGCCUACCUCCAAGCCUUCUGGUUGCUGUGGCAGAGGCGUGUGGGCAGUUGCAGCACCGGCCGCCGGGCCUGCUGCAGGCGCUGCACGCCAGCCGUGCCGCGGUGUGGCCGCGUGUGGGCCUAGCGCAGCGCGCCACGCUGUGCUGGGCGCUGCUGGUGCUCACUGGAGGACUACCAGCUCAGUACUUGCCCGCUGACAGACCGCGAGACGCCAAGCGCCAUGUGCGCCAGUCGGCUGCAGCUGCUGCUGCGGCGGCGGCGGCGGCACAAGACCAGCGCCAAGAGCAGCACCAGCAGCACCAACAGGAGCAGCUGCUGGCCAAAGCCCUUGUGGAGUACCUGCAGGCGCUGGGCGCCGGUGUGCAACGCUGGCCGCCGCCCGCUCCCUCCUCAUACCACCUCCAACUGCUGGUUGCCUGCACCGUGCUCGCCAGCUGCACACCACCGCCAGCACCAGCUCACAUGCAGCAGCAACCGCAGUCAUCGGGUACGGGGGUGCCAGAAAAGCCGCAGGCGCAGGAUGCGCUAUCGCCGCAGCCGAGGGCAGUGCUGCAGCAGCAGCUGAAGGAGGAGCUAGACAAGCUGCCGGCGAGUGCGAUGCAGCGGGCUCUGGAGGUGCAGCGGCGUGCGCGCUCUGCGGCGCUGGGUGGCUGGGCGCACGAGGUGGCGUCGGUGGUACGGGAGGUGCUGCAGGAGGCAAGCGUGGAUGCGAGAGCAGACUCUGAGGGGCGGCAGCCGCUGCCGCCGCACUGGCUGGGCCAGCCGCCCGCUACGCUCCUGUCUGCGGCGGUGUCCACAGGGGUUGAGGUGUGCGACGGGGCGAUGCUGGUGGAUGUGGCAGUGGAGCUGGAGGUGGAGGCUGGGUUGCCGCGGCCGCAGGUGAAGGGCAGAGGCCGGGGACGGAGGACUGCGGCGCGGGCAACGACAGACGUGCAAGGCGCUGAGCAGGCGGUGGUCACAGAGGAAGCCGCAUACGAACACUCGCAUCCUUUGCGACAGCGGCUCCAGCUAGCCCUGGAUCUGUGCCCACUGCCGCCGCCACCUCCGCGUACGGCCGCACCGGUCCUCUCUGCCGCCUACGCUCCCGGAGCCGGUGGCGCUGGUACGAGCGCCACUGCGGAGGUGACCGCGAACCGCACCACGGGUGCGCCGAGGAGCCUGGCUGUGGGGGCAGCCGCAGGCGGCGCCGUGAUCCGCAACUCGCGGUGGCUGCUGUCGGGCGCAGGGGCUCUGAGGCGGCGGCUGCUCACGCACGCGGGCUGGCUGGUAGUGCCGGUGCGCGAGCGGCAGUGGAAGGACCUGCGAUCUGCCGAGCAGCAGCGCCGGGUGGUUCGGGAGUGGCUGAAGGCCGUGCUUUUGCAUGCGCAGCAGUAGGUGCAGCUGAACGAUUCCGGCGGAUUUUUGUUCGGCGCUGAUGAUAUUUUCAUGAUGUGGUGGGACAGAACUAAUGAUUGCCAGGGCAUAUUGUUUGGCUGGCUUGUCGGAAGUGUGGUCAAGCUGUAAGGGGUGCAAUCCGCGGUGGACGGGACGCGGCUGUCGGCAUGCCAUGAGGGGGGAGGCGGGGCGUGUCCGCGUGUGCGUGCGUCGGAACAUGGGCAGGACAAGAGCACAUGGGCCUGCCGGUUUUCCCGCCCUCGCAGCCUAGACGGCCACAAGUCGUGAUAACGUGUUCUAUCAUUUUCACAGAUUACAUCGGACCAGUAGAAAUAAGCGCUCCUGAAGUUCUUGCUUCCCUGCAACCUGGCAUUCCUGCACUGCUCAUUAAGGGAGCCCUUGGCUCAAGCUAUAUUUUAAGCACACCAAGGCGCACCUCUGUGAUUGCUGCCAUUGG